AUGUCAGUCAGUGGGCCUUGCGUCUGGCUGUCAUCGUUGUCGCCUCCUGCUACAUCUCAUCUCUCUGCGAUCACGAACCACCUACCAUCAACUGCCUGCAAUAGUGAACAGGUACUUUCGAGAUCAAGGGUGAACCCGCCGAGGUUGCCCUACCCAGGGGAGAAGGGAGGCCAUCCGGUUCAGAAGCCGGCAGUCGUCAUGCAACCAGAUGCUGUACUCAAGGCUGAAAAUGCCUUUUCAGCAACUAACCCAGUGGCAACAUCUAAGCAUGUACGGAGUUCGGAGGCAGAGAUGCCCCCACCAAAGGAAGCAGAAAGAAGAAGCACAGAAGAGACGCUGUCACGAAUGAGGCUGGAUCAGCUGAACCACAGCGAAUCUCAUCCUUCUGGGGUCCCAAAACCAGCCAGCCCCUCUGCUCCGAAGGCAUUUACACUGGAAGCAAAGAAGAGGCCUCAGGAAGAGGCGCGAGGGGAUGAGAAGGACGAUGACGACGCUAUGGGCAUAUCUUCGGACGAAGGCGGGGAUCAGAAGAACUCUGACGCAAAGACUGACAAAAAGAAGAUGAAGCGGUUCCGCCUGACACACAAUCAGACCCGUUUUCUGAUGAGCGAAUUCACUCGUCAAGCACACCCAGAUGCUGCACACCGUGAACGUCUCUCGAGGGAGAUUCCUGGACUCACUCCUCGUCAAGUACAAGUCUGGUUUCAGAAUAGGCGAGCCAAACUCAAGCGACUCACAAGCAACGAUCGAGAGAGGAUGUUAAAGUCCCGGGCUUUACCCGAUGAUUUUGACACAACUSAGGUUCUGCGUACCCCGUUUGAUAACAAAACACUAUCAGAGACAUCAGUUGCGUCACCCCGAAACUACAUGGCAUCUAGUACGGAUUCUAAUUCUCUGAAGAUGCUUCUUACGGACGGACUACAACGUAUUAAUGACGACGAAUACGUGGUUUCCCCGCUGAGUUCGUCAUCCACCACUGGAAAUUGUUUCCCUUCAGCAGGCCCUGACAGGACACCCGAACAUUUUUCCCAACAUGGCAUUCUUGGACCUCGACCGGCAGCGACCCUACCAGAGCUACAACGAAACACGCGCGGGAACUUUCCUUUCCCUAGGUCCAGCAGCUUCUCCGAAGUAUCAUUCAACACAGGACUACAUUUGCCCGGCAGGUUCUCGAGGCCGGGAGUCGAACCACUCAACCAUCCCGGCUUGCCAUAUGCGCGGCGUCCCAUGGACUAUGGGAUUCCCAGACCGGCCAAUGGAUUGGUUGUGGGCUACGAUCAUUCUCGGCACAUGGAAGGCUCCGUGUCGCCUACCGGCCAGCAGGAACAGCCCCUGCCAUACAACAUAGACAAUCACAACCAGCAGGUCCCAAGCUACCAAACCACACUCACAAUGCCAGCUCCAAAAGGCUAUGGCAGCAUAGAGAUGAACUCGCAUAUGCAACCUCGACACAUGCCCGCAUUACACUCGAUACCAGUGUCAGAUGCACCUGACUACCGACCUUUCUCCUACGAGCAUCACCCGUACAGCAUACAAACGGGAAUGCCUUAUUCGCAAGCCAACGCUUCGAGUAUGAGCCUUCCUGCUUCCUUCCCACCGGACACAACGCAUGUUCCACAGGUGGCAGUCUCUGCUGAAGACCGGAUCAAUCAAUCGCCUCAGAUAUUGGACCCUUUGCGAGGGAAAUUUGGCAACCCUUCCUACGACUAUGCUAACUACAUGUGA